AUGCUGUGGAGAGCGCUCGUCUGCUGCCUCUUGAUCCUGGCCACCGCGGGCUCUCUGCUGGCACAUCCUACACACCCGGUAGAGAUGUCCUACUCCGGACCAGAGUUCUCAGAAGAGGAUCGGUUGGUUGGCAGAGACAAACUGGACCUUACUGACGGUGCAUACCUUUCCCUAGAGACUCCUGGCUUUGGUUAUCCCUCACUGUUCACUGGGGAGAUCAACAGAGACGACUCCCUUCAGACAGCAGGGUUUGCUCCAGGCCAGGCUGGUAAAGAGGUCCUGAUGGAGAGGCCUGUGCUGAAUCCACUGAGUCGUUUCCUGGGCAGCAGAAGGCAGUAUAGGAAACGGGGCAGCAACACAGAAUGUUUCUGGAAGUACUGCGUCUGA